CAGAGCGCUCCCCCAAUGGCGGAGCAGGGAGAGGGAGCCCCGCCUCUUCGGCUCAGAUCCGUGCGUAGUGCGUGCGCGCUCCCGACGGGGCGCCUGCGCAGUGUGCCCGGCCCGCCCAUUCCGCCGCUGUUUAUUCUUCUGGCUCUUGUUCCCCUCAGAAGCGGCGUCGGUGUCAUGGCGGCCGGGCAAGGCACCAUGGCCAGCGGCGGGGAAGGGGGCGGAGGAGGGAGCGGAGGCCCGGCGCCGAGCCCUGCCUCCGCCUCGGGACCGGGUCCUCCGCCUGCCCCGCCGCCUCUGCCGCCUCAGGCCUCAGCCUCGGAAGUGGGCCUUCCUCCUCCGUCGUCGUCGUCCUUCUUCUUCGGCCUGGGCUUGCCGGCCCACCUCACGCUCUCCUACCCGGGCGGGGGCGCCGCUUCCGCCUCCGCCGCGGCCUCCUCUUCUUGCCCGCCUUCGUCGUCGUCCUCCUCGGCGUCGCCUCAGCCCGGCCGCAGCCUGGAGAAGGUCCUCGAGGAAGCCGCCAGCUCGGGCCUGCUCUGCCUCAGCGCCAGGAAGCUCCGCGACUUUCCUGCCAGCGCCUCCGGAGCUGCUUGCGACCUCAGCGACACCGUCCAGGCCGAUCUUUCCAAGAACAGAUUUACUGAGAUUCCUCCUGAGGUCUGGCAGUUUGCACCGCUGGAGACGUUGAACUUGUAUCACAACUGCAUCAAAUCCAUCCCCGAAGCCAUUAAAAACCUGCAAAUGUUAACAUAUCUCAACAUCAGUCGGAACCUUUUGUCGACGUUGCCCAAAUACUUGUUUGAUCUGCCACUUAAAGUUUUAGUGGUCAGCAAUAAUAAGCUUGUGUCUAUUCCCGAGGAAAUUGGCAAGUUGAGAGACUUAAUGGAGUUGGAUAUCAGCUGCAAUGAAAUCCAGGUACUUCCCCAGCAAAUAGGAAAACUACAGUCACUAAAAGAAUUAAACUUGAGGAGAAAUAAUCUUCACAUUCUACCUGAUGAAUUAGGAGAUCUUCCCUUGGUCAAGUUAGACUUCUCUUGUAAUAAAAUUGCAGAGAUACCAGUCUGUUAUAGGAAGCUACGUCACUUGCAAGUAAUAAUUUUGGAUAACAAUCCAAUGCAGAUGCCGCCGGCUCAGAUCUGUCUAAAGGGCAAAGUACACAUCUUUAAAUUCCUCAGCAUUCAGGCCUGCCUCAGAAUGGAUAAGAAGCCAGAUUCUCUGGAUUUGCCCUCUUUGGGCAAGAGAAUUCCCUCUCAGCCACUCACAGACAGUAUAGAAGAUUUCUAUCCAAACAAAAACCACGGCCCAGACUCUGGCAUUGGCAGCGAUAAUGGAGAUAAAAGAUUAUCCACCACAGAACCCUCUGAUGAUGACACAAUCAGCCUUCACUCUCAGGUCUCAGAAUCAACUCGGGAGCAGACCCACAGAAAUGACAAUCAGCUAAUAGGAAACAAACCAGAGUUGCAUAAAGAUCCUGAUGUGUGUGAUUACCUUGACCCCAGCUCAGAGGACGUGGCGUCUUGUGACCAAGGAGAGCUGCCAAGAGGGCCAUCGAUCUCUUAUAUCAAGGAUCGAGGGAAGCAGGCGGAGAAAUCCCCGAAAACUGAAUCAGGCGAAGACUGGGGAGAUGAAAAGAGGGUUCAGAAAGAACAGGUAUUGACAGAGGAAGAUGACGAAUUGAAGGAAGUGACUGAUCUAAGGAAAAUAGCUGCUCAGCUCCUGCAACAGGAACAAAAGAACAGACGAAGGCCCUUAAGCUAUAGGACUUCGUUCAGUGAAAAGCUUUUCCAGAGGACCAGGGUUGCGGGACGCGCUUCCAGGCUGCUGAAUCACUCCUCCUCCUCGAGUGCAAGAAAUAGGCCAAAACAGAUGGUGGAAUCAGAAAAAAGCCUGUCUGCAGACGAGGCAAACUCUCCAUCAUCAACGUAUGGAUGGCAGUCACUAGAGAAUCCAAAGGACCAUCCGGAUGAGCCACACUGGCCAGACAUGCAGCCUCUGAUCUGGCAGAACGAGGAACGGAGACGGAGCAAGCAAAUUCGAAGGGAAUAUUUCAAGUAUAAAUCUUCCCGGAAAAGUUCAAGUGGAAAUGAAAACGAUGAGCAAGACAGUGAUCAUACUAAUGUGUCCCCACAGUCUCCUGUCUCAUCUGAGGAAUACGAGAGGGCUGAUGGGCCAUUUGGACUCAAGCCCAGAUCAGCCUUUGCCCGUUCACGCCAGGACUACAGCACUGUUGACCCUGGAUUCACCAUGAGGAGGAAAAUGGAACACUUGCGGGAGGAGAGGGAGCAGAUCAAGCAGCUGCGCCAAAACCUGGAGUCACGGUUGAAGGUCAGUUUGCCGGAUGACAUUGGAGCAGCAUUAAUGGACGGCGUAGUUUUGUGCCAUUUAGCCAACCACAUCAGACCUCGGUCUGUUGCCAGUAUUCAUGUCCCGUCGCCAGCGGUGCCUAAACUCAGUAUGGCAAAGUGCCGAAGAAACGUAGAAAACUUCCUAGACGCUUGUAAAAAACUCGGUGUGCCACAGGACAGACUCUGCCUGCCCCAUCACAUUUUGGAAGAGAGGGGCCUGGUCAAAGUGGGACUGACGGUCCAGGCUCUUCUCGAGAUCCCGUCCUCAAAGGCCUCGCAGCUGUCCUGCCUGUGAGAGAUACAGGUCCCAUGGCCGGGCUUAUUGACCCGUUAGGCCCUUGGAGGUUGCAGACUGAGCCUUACAUUUGGGGACCUGUUCCCUUAAUGCCGAACUGACUGUUCGCCCAGCGUUUCGAACUCAGAGCCAUAAGAGAUCCUGAAAAUCCUCAGGAUUUCUUUCCAGGUAGUACUCGCCUUCACUUCCUCCCGUGACGUCUUUUUCCCUUUUUGUUUUGCAAAGCUGUGUUGCAGCACAUUGUUUUAUUCUGUGAGAGAAAAACACCCCAAUUGAGAGGUGUUUACUGAGAAUCCCAACCAACUCCUGGUUGAUUAGUAUUGUGGCCACAUCCUGAACAAAGUGCAUUUUUCUCGCUUCUUCCAUUCAGAGUUGGCUGUUCUGGUUGACACAAAAGCCACUCUUAACCACAUUUCCACUACAGUUUGAAUCCCCUUUUUGUAUACAUUUCCCCCCUCAAAAAAAAACAAACCCUAAUCACUACAACAUACUGACAAAAACUAUGUGAUUAAUUAUGUAACCCCUUUUUUUCCUCUUCCCAGAAGUUUGCUUUUCUUAAUUUCUUGCACUUCUUCUUGUUGUGCCAUCUCCGAUAUUUGAGUUGAGGGUGGCGACAAAAUAGUAUACAGCAUAAAGAACAAAAGUGAUGUGGGACGUUUUCCCUUUUUCUCUCAGUAUUUCUAGGUUGGUGCCAAAAUAUAUAUAUAUCUAUAUAUAAUUUCAGUUGUACUGUAGAUUGUUUACAUGUGAAGUGCCUGUGUCAUGAAUAACUCUUUUACUAGUCUUAAAACCUUUUUUUUUGUAAAUCCUUUUAUGUCUUGAUAGAUGCGAUGCAUAUUUUUUAAAUAUUAGAGGGUUUUCCCCCCUUUUUUGUAAGAUUGGUAAUAUGUGACGUUUCAUGGACUAACAUCUGAGUGUUGGAUGUUCUUCAGUUUGCACAGUUUUGAAUUUACUAGAUUUGGUUUUUAGGGGAGGGAGGAAACAAUGUAAAUAAGCUUUUAUUUAUCAUAUUUAAUUAAUUUGAUACCUAAUCACUUUUUAAAGGUAUUGUCGGAUGGUGGAUGUCUCUUUUGGUUUUUGUUUUUUUUUAAGAAAUCUAUUAUUUUCCUUGUCUGGGUUGAACAGUGACACAGAGAGUGGUUUUAAAUGCACAUCAACUUAGGAGGUAAGGAUGUUGAAGUAAAACUGCCAAAUAUAUAAAUAUAUAUAUAUCUAUAUAUCUCAGGUUUAUAUUGUGAUGGUCAGGAAUUCACAUCUUGCUCCUGGCUUCACUUUACUCUUUUCUUUCUUUUUUAAUACGAGGAAAUGCUGUCGAAGGGCAGAACCCAAGUUGAAGUUGUUCUGUUUUUGCAAUAUUUACGAAUACUUUGGCGAACUCCUAGGUUUGAACAUUUGAGGUGAGUCCACUAAGCAAGAAUUGGAAGGGAUGUCUCUGUCCUUUCUCGAUGGAGCUCAGAUACAUUCUGAAAGAAUCAAGCAUUAUAAGCAUCUCCACAGAGAAGGACAAGGCGGCCACUUUGCCUGACCUGCCUUUCUAAGCUAGCAUUUUGGAAGCAUUUUGGACGAUCCCAAAACCCUUGGAAACCAUUCCUCAACCUCUGAAGUAGGUUUUCCUCCAAGCUUAAAAGGCUUGCUCCACUUUGCUCUGUAAUAUAAUAAGCAUUGUAGAAAACAAACAAACAUACUGACAAGUAUUUCCUUGUCUUUGAAUUAUCUUCUAGUCACUCUGCAUCAUGUGCUUCAUUUCAAUCAGAUUUUGUCCUUUUUUUAAAAUGUUGUUUAUUUAAAAGACUAAAUGUCACCUUCCUGUUCCCAGUGAGAAACAGUUUCCUUUCUGCUGCCAAAAAGAAGUGUUAGUCGGAUUAAUUUUGGAACUGCAGCAACGCAUUAUUGGCUAAAUAGGCAGGCCUUGUUAUAGGAAUGGUGUUUGGAUGGGUGACUAUGUCUCGCCGUCCCUGUGGAGAAUGAGCUUUAUCACUAUGAUGUCUUUUCAUUACGGUGCAAAUGAACAGCGAGCAGCAGAGUCGGCCUCUUUGAGCCUAAGGAUACACAUAAAUUUGUAUUAUAAAGUAGGCUACGAUUUUAAAUGAAGUCCAUACUAUGAAUUAAAAACCCAAGAUAAAUCUGGCCUAACCCAGGUUCGUAAUAGGACCGAUUGCUCCCCUCUCCUUCCCUCAGACGCCAAAUGCUUCCCAGAGUGGUUUAGUCUUCAUAAGAGCCUCUUUAGAAAGUAGGUCUUUCCAAAGUGAGUCCACUUCUGGGAAGAACAAAUAGUGAUUAAGAGACUUUGAUGUGCUUUUGGUAUUCAGUGCCAACGACACUAGGAUGUCUUCCAAUCAGGCAACAUACAAAUUUAAAAAAUGUUAAAAGACAACUGUAGUCUGCUCCUAUCAGAGGCUCUCAAGAUGUUUGGGACAACAGUUCCCAGGACUCUUGACCAUUGGAUUAUGCUCAGAGGCUGAUGGGAAUUGAAAUCCAAAAAGUGGCUGAAGGAGGAGAACCAGGGUGGGGAAGAUCUUGCUCCUGAGCUCAUCUCUCCUUUUGCCCUUGCUUUGAGUUGAGAGUGGUUUCAAGUCAGAACUGAUAUGUUUAGCCCUCCAGGUAGUUUUGGAUUGCAGUUCCCAUCACGAUUGCAGUUGCAAGACAUUUUGAGACACAAGCUAGAAACAUCUGGGGGGACACACAUUGCCCAUCUGAGUCCUAUUCAGAACUUAUGGUUAUGAGUCAGUCAUCCAGAGUACCUUGAGUGGCUUUUGAUUCCAUUCCUUUCUUCAUGAGACCUUUAAUUCAGAAACUACUGGGAUUUUUUGAAGGCCCUCCUUUUCUUUACUGCUCUUCCCAGUUGCACCUCAGUGAUCUUUUAAAUAUUGGACUUAAGAAAGGCCAGUGUUCACUGUGAAACGGCUCUCGUAGGCCACAAUCUCUGCCUUUCUUGCUCAGAAACAAACCCACAAGGACCCGCGAGACUCUCCUCUACAAAUCGAUUCUCCACUCAAACACAAUUGAAUAUAUGAAAGUGUAUUUGCCUUUCUAAUGUUUAGGCCUAUUUAUUGUUCCUUUACUUGGGAAAAAAUGUAAGUGGUUUAUAAUCUUUGAUUUCUUUGGAAUGGGGUUUAGGGGGAGGAAGUGCAUUCUGCCUUUUAAGUAGAAGUAGUAUUUAGGGAAAAUGUAGAAGUAAAACCCCCUCAGAAGGGAAGUAUAUGGAAUGGUGAGUUUGUAAUUUGAAGGAUGAAUGUUAGCAAAUUCUGCCCUGUUUUGACAAAAUUAAUGGAGAGCACAAAGCAGUUCUUGCAUGAAAAUCGGAUAUAGCCUGUUUCCCCUAUUAAUGGUUCCUACAUUCAAGUUUAUAUGCAUCCUAACAGAAACCAAAUUCUGGAUUUGGGGCUUCUCUUGAGGUGUGUCAGGUCUUAACGUGUUCUCCUGAAAUCCAUAUAGUGAAAGGACGGUGAUAUUAAACCACAAUGCAAAUGCCACAACUUCUGCAAAAAUAAAGGUGGCUUUGCAGCAGGAGGGAGGGGCAGGUCUGCAAACCUUUGUGGAGUCUUUGAAGGAUUUGUUACAUGCUUUAAGUAAUGUCCUUUCAUAGUCACCAUUCACAUAUUUUUGUAUUUUCUGUAACUGAACCCACAGCAGGAACAAACUCGAAACAACUACUUUUAUAUAACUGUGUGAAAACUGAAUACAAAUGUCAACUGUUUGCAAAGGGACUUUGCCUUUUUGUGUGUGUCUGUAUAAUACUGCCAUGUUUGAUCCUGCAUUUUAAUUCACUCUUCACUCAUGUUCUGCAAACCCCUCCUUUUCCCUGUUCUUUAUGACUCUCUGACACCUUUUUUCAGGACAACUUUAUUAUUGCUGGAGCUUCCAACAAGUGUGUGUCCAUUGAGAAACAGUCCUGCUGUCUAGUUUUCUUUUGUACAUAGUUUUUUUCUAUUGAAAUCUGCAUGGCUGAGACCUGCGUGUCCAAAACCAGUGUACAUAUUCUAUGUAUAAAAUGCAAACUCUUUCCUAA